AUGGUCUAUAUUAUACUCUUUACUUUGACAUCAUCAUACUCAUUGGUCAAUGCCAAUAAAUACCUAUGUAACGUCGACUCUACAACAAAGACUCCCUGUCCUCCCUUCUCAUCAUCAACAAACAAUAUCAACAACAACGGCGAAGAGAACUGCGAUCUGUCCUUUGACAUACCAUCACAGGUGAUCAUUGCGCCGUUCGUGGUCGGUGACACAUCUGUAAUCGACUGCCAAGGCUACGACUCGUUCAUCUCACGCGUCCAAUCAACCACGCUGCUCAACGGACUGAACAUCAGCAAUGCAGUGGACUCGUGCGUCAACGUGCCCAUGAACUCAUUCACGUUCACGCUGAUCGUCACCUACUGCUCGUUCACAAACUGCUCGGGCGAGAAUGGUGGCGCCAUCUCCAUCACCUACCCCAACUCGCUCAACGUCAUGUCGUCGCACUUUACUCGCAACACGGCCAAGCAGGAAGGUGGAGCGAUCUAUGCCGACUCCACCGUCAUCAAGCAGUCGACUUUCCAGCUGAACCACGCACAGCGUGGCGGGGCCGUCUUCUCGCCAGUCUACACCAACAGCGAGCUGACGGUGCGCAGCUCAAUGUUCGCGUCAAACAUCGCAUCGGACGGUGCCGCAAUCUACUCGACCGAGUUUGACACGUAUGGCACAUUCUUCCACGAUAACUUUGCCAAUGGCUACGGCGGUGCCAUCUACUGUCGCACGAUCGCCGCCGCCGGUUGCACAUUCUCGAUGAACUCGGCAACACUGUCGGGUGGAGCAAUUGCACUGAUCGACGCCUUCCGCGCCAACAUCCUGUCCGACACAGAGAUAUACAACAACACGGCGUACGUCAGCGGUGGCGCCAUAUACAUCGACUCGCCCUCCAACAAGUCGACGCUCGGCAUGGCAUCUAGCAAAGUAUACAACAACAUGGCGCUGGCAGAGGGUGGCGGCGGCGCCUUCCUCAAUCACACAUACAACGGCUACCUGAUUGGCGGCAGCUUCUUUGACAACACCUCGCCUCUGGACAAGGCCAGCGAGAUUGGAUGCGACGCCAGCAGCGAAUCAUUCAGUUGCAACUUUUGCAAGGUGGCCAACUGCUCACAGUGCACGGCCGAUGGGCUCGAGGGCAUAUGUCUGCCCGAUCCCGAUACUGCCAUCGAAGGCUCUGGCUCUGGCUCUGGCGUAGACACAGGCUACCUGUGCAUGAUCUCAACACAUCGAUGUGUGUAUGGAAUGUGCCACGUGGACAGCGACACCAACAACUAUUCAUGCGAGUGCGACUCUGGCUGGACGGGUCAGAGCUGCGACGUCACGCCCACGCAAUCUCCCACGCCCAAGCCCACCAAGAGGCCAGGUCACUCGACCAGUACCAAAGUUCUGGACAUCCUUUUGCCAAUAUUCUUUGGCAUACUCCUCAUUCUCUUUGUCGUUACACUAUAUAUAAUGAUCAAGAAGAAGAAACACAGUGGAUACAGUGAUCUACUUGGAUAA